CUGCUUUUUCGGUCCAGAUUUGUUGCUCACAAGCAGAAUCAGAUUUGAACUUCCAUUUGUGCAUCUUAAUUUGUUCAGUCUGGAUUUGUGGAUCUCAUGCAAAAUCAGAUCUCAAAAUUUCCAUUCUUAAUUAUCAACAAGCAUGGCGGUGGGAGAGAUUUUUCUUGGGGCGUUCCUUCAGUUGCUGCUCGACAGGUUGGCGCCUCGCGAGAUCCUCAACUACUUUGGUCUCGUAAAGGGCGUCGACAAAAAGCUGAAUAAAUGGAGUGACAAUUUGUCUGCAAUCGUAGCGGUGCUGAAUGAUGCGGGGGAGAAGCAACUGACAGAGCAUGGUGUGAAAUUGUGGCUGGAUGACCUCAGAGACUUGGCUUAUGAUGUAGAAGACGUGCUGGACAAAUUUGCUACUAAAAUAUUGAAGCGCCAGAUAGAGGGGCGUGAUCAAGCCAGCACAAGUAAAAAGGUGCGGAGUUCAUUCUCUAAACUGAAACUCAAUUUCGAUAUGAACUCUGAAAUAAAGAAGAUUACAGAGCGGUUGCAAGAGAUCUCUGAACGGAAAGAUAAGUUUGGUUUAAAGGGCACCGGAACGUCUAGUAAAGCAUGGUCAAGGCCACCAACUUCAGGUGUGCUAGGUGGACUAACCAUUGUUGGAAGAGAUGGAGAUAAAGCAAAAAUAUUAGACAUGUUGUCGAGAGAUGAGCAUAAUAAUGUCAACUUUCAUGUUGUUGCCAUUGUUGGCAUGGCUGGCCUUGGGAAGACUACACUUGCUCAAUUUGCAUUCAACAACAGUGAUGUCAUGAAGGAGUUCGAGCCGAGGGUGUGGGUGUGUGUGUCCGAUGACUUCGACAUUGUAAGAGUGACGAAGGCAAUUCUUGAAUCAGUCACAUCUCAACCCGUUAAAGUAGAGGAGUUCAGUAAAAUGCAGCAUGAUUUGAAUGAGCAGUUAAGAGGUAAAAAGUUUUUAAUUGUUUUAGAUGAUAUUUGGAACAAAGGUGAUUUAUAUGAUCUGUGGACAAGACUUCAGUCCCCUUUUAGUGUUGGAGCACAAGGAAGUAAGAUAAUUGUGACAACACGAGACCUAAAAGUUGCAAAGAUUAUGGGAGCCACCGAAGUUCAUAACUUGGAGUCUGUGUCAGAUGAUAAUUGUUUGGAAAUAUUUGAGCAGCAUGCAUUUGUGAACAAUGAUAGACCACCAAAUUUUGAGUUGCUUCAGAAAAAAAUUGCUGAAAAAUGCAGUGGAUUGCCCUUAGCUGCAAGAACUCUUGGUGGGCUUUUACGUCAGAAUGAAAUAAACGAAUGGGAAGAAAUAUUGAACAACAAAUUGUGGAAUUUAUCAGGUAAGAGUGACAUUCUUCCGGUAUUAAAGUUGAGCUAUCACUAUCUUCCUUCCAACUUGAAGAGGUGUUUUGCCUAUUGCUCAAUAUUUCCAAAUGACUACGAAUUUGGGGAGAAGCAAUUGAUCCUUUUAUGGAUGGCAGAAGGUUUGAUUCAACAACCACCAGAAUCCGAUAGACAAAUGGAGGAUUUAGGCCACGACUAUUUUCAAGAGCUAUUAUGUAGGUCAUUAUUUCAAAAGGCAAGUGAAAACAAUUCACGGUAUGUAAUGCAUGACCUUGUUACUGAUUUGGCACAAUGGGCAGCAGGAAAUACUUGUUUUAGAUUGGAGGACAAGAAAGGUGAUAACUUGCAAUCUGUAUGCUUUCGUCAUUCGUCUUUCAUAAUUGGUCACUAUGAUGGAGUUCAAAAGUUUGAGGCCUUUCCCGAAGUUAAACGUUUGCGAACAUUCCUGCCACUUUCACUAUCAAAUACUGGGUGGAUUCGAUAUCUGGCUCGAAAGGUAAUUUUUGAUUUAUUACCUCAGAUGCAAUACUUACGGGUGCUUUCUUUGAAUGGCUAUCGAGUGACUGAGCUGCCAGAUUCAAUUGGUAAUUUGAAGUAUCUGCGGUAUCUUGAUUUUUCUCACACAGAUAUAACAAGUUUGCCUGAAUCAACAACCACUCUUUUCAACUUACAGACACUGAUAUUGGAAGGUUGUAGUUUUUUGGAGGCACUACCCAUAAACUUGAGGAAUCUAGUGAAUCUGCGUCAUCUCAACAAUUCAAAGGUAGAUUCACUAAAAGCAAUGCCUCCGCAACUAGGUCGGUUGACGAAUCUGCAGUCUUUGCCUAAUUUUGUGGUGGGUAAAGGUAGUGAUGAAUCAGGGAUAAGAGAGAUAGGAUCCCUAUCCCAUCUCCGAGGGACAUUAUCGCUCUCAAGGUUGGAGAAUGUGAUCGAUGCUGAGGAUGCACGGAAGGCCGACUUAAAAUCCAAGGAGAGAGUAGAUGAAUUGAUGCUAGAAUGGUUGACACAAGAAACGCAAAUAGGCGUGCUUGACAGAUUAGAACCUCAUAGAAAGCUUGAAAAACUCAUCAUCAGGGGUUAUGCUGGAUUAGAAUUUUCAACAUGGAUUGGAGAUCGUUUAUUCUCCACUAUGGUGCAUGUACGCUUACACAAAUGUAAAAAUUGUCAAAUCUUGCCACCACUUGGGCAACUGCCUUUGCUCAAAGAACUUUAUAUUACAGGAAUGGCUGCAGUGAGAAGUGUCGGUCCUGAGUUCUAUGGAGAGAGUAGCUUGCCUUUUCCAGUAUUGGAGACUCUUGAGUUUGAGGAUAUGCGCAACUGGAAGAAAUGGCUUCCUUUCGCACAAGAUCAG